CCCAUGUAGGAGAGGAGGAGGUGGAGGAAGGAGAGGAGCGUCGUCUGAUUCGAGCCCUAAGGACAGCAUCAACGGGAAGAAGAUGAAGGGAUUAUUUAAGUCCAAGCCUCGGACUCCAGUCGACAUCGUCCGGCAGACGCGCGAUCUUCUCAUCUUCACCGAUCGCCCUCCCGCCUCCGAUUCCCGCGAAUCCAAGCGUGAGGAGAAGAUGGCGGAACUAAGUAAAAAUAUUAGGGAGAUGAAGCAGAUUCUCUAUGGUAAUAGCGAAUCUGAGCCUGUCUCUGAAGCCUGUGCUCAGUUGACUCAGGAGUUUUUCCGAGAGAACACACUGCGCCUGCUGAUUCAGUGUCUUCCAAAAUUGAAUUUGGAGGCCCGCAGAGAUGCUACUCAAGUUGUUGCGAAUUUGCAGAGACAACAAGUUCAAUCACGGUUGAUUGCAUCUGAUUAUCUGGAGGCCAACAUAGAUCUUAUGGAUAUUUUAAUUGCAGGUUAUGAGGACACGGAUUUGGCUUUGCAUUAUGGUGCAAUGCUUAGGGAAUGCAUACGCCACCAAAGUGUUGCGAGGUAUGUUUUGGAAUCUCAGCACAUGAAGAAAUUUUUUGAUUACAUACAACUUCCAAAUUUCGACAUUGCUGCAGAUGCUGCUGCUACUUUUAAGGAACUCUUGACGAGGCAUAAAUCUACUGUUGCUGAAUUUCUUUCUAAAAAUUAUGACUGGGUAAAUGCUGUUUCCACUCUGAUUCCUACUACACACUAGAAUACCAGACGACAAGCUGUCAAGCUGUUGGGAGACAUUUUGUUAGAUCGCUCAAAUUCAGCUGUGAUGACGCGAUAUGUAAGCUCAAGGGAUAAUUUAAGGAUUCUGAUGAAUCUUCUAAGGGAAACAAGCAAGAGCAUCCAGAUAGAAGCAUUUCACGUUUUCAAGCUUUUUGCGGCUAAUCAAAACAAGCCUUCCGACAUUGUUAGCAUACUCAUAGCAAACAAAAGCAAGCUCCUGCGCUUGUUUGCUGAUUUUAAAACUGAUAAAGAGGAUGAACAGUUCGAGGCAGACAAAGCUCAGGUUGUGAAGGAAAUUGCUGCCCUCUGAGGUGUGUUGUAUGUGUUGUAUGUGUAAAAUCUCAUUUGCCUUUUUUGAUUAAAUUGUGAAUUCAUAGUUAAUAUAUUAUGGCACCAAGAAUUUGUGAUUCA